AUGCCUGAAAAGAUCUCAGAUAAGAAACUGUGGCAGCAGCCUAUUGAAGAUAUCAUUAGAGACGCUGGCGAUGGUCUCCACCUGGAAGUUCCAGGUUUGGCAUCAAAAGAUCAGCCUGAUGAUGGCGGCGAUUGGAAAGAAACCGCUAAAAAGAUUCUGAAGUCUUAUUAUCUGGGUUUUUCUGGGACCCAGUGGCACCAGUUCGACAAAUCUACGGACAACGAUAUCAUGAGGGCCAAGAUUUGCUUCGCCAUGUUUGGCGAAUUUCGAAUUGGGUUCGUAUUUGUGUGCUGCAAGCAUGGCGUAAAACAGUUCCAUGUUCCUGUGUUUUCCGUAUUUGUCGGCCCAGAUAGGUCUGGUCGAGAUUUGAGAACCUUUUUAGACCUCCAGGGCCGGACUUACAAAGACUGGGAUGACUGGAAAUCUAACAACUGUCUUCCCGAGCUUGAGUACUACUAUCCUAAACGAGGUUUCUUUACAUGCAGUGGAGAUGAAAGCUACACAUUUGAUGCUGAACGUGAUCCUGAUGUGGAGUUUGGAAAGUCUCCAGCAUGUAAGACUUCAUCGCAAUUUCUGAGCCGGACGGAUACCCUCUCAAAAUUAACUUUUAUUGGCUCUGGGAUUGUGGCAAUAGCUGGUUAUUUCACUCCAUUGGGGCCUGUAGUGCUUGCAACUGCUGUCAGAGCAGGAAUUACGUCAACUGCCUAUAGUGCUAUUAGAGGGGCAAGUCGACUUUACGACAAAGGCGUGCAUGGGGAAAGUCUUGUUGACUUUGAAAGUCUGACUCUUUGGUUGGAAAUCGUGGCGGCACCACUGCAGUUCACUUCCUCUUUUGAUAACGCUAGGCUCGUGGCUGGGGCCCAACAAGGUCGUAUCUAUAGCAACUCGAUAAGGAAUCUAGCCUUUAUGUUGAACUUCACCACACUCGGUGUAGACGGUGUCAUGGUUGGUUUUGGACUCGCGGAACUGAUCGACAAGGCGUCGAAAAAAGAGGUCACUGCGCUGGACGUUGUGCACUUUUCUAUGAGCGUGUUCUUCUUCUCCAACACUUUGAUGGAGCCGAAGGUGGCCAGCAGCAUCAUACGCCAAGCUCAGGAGAUGCAUUUAAACAGUUACAUGGAUAAAAUGUCUGAUGUGACCAUCAAGGAAACAUUUAAAUACUUCAUGGACAGAAAUCGCGGAGCCGGAGGCAUCAAAGACACGUCAAAGAUCAUACGAACUGUAAACAGAAUGAAAGAUCCGAAUUCAUUUUUCAAAUCGCUGAGUCCAGAUGACAAGAUCGACAUUGGAGGCAGAAAGGGGCAGACGGUCUUGGUGUCUGACGCUAAGGGCGAUGUUAACAGGAUCAACCCUAAUAGAAUGAUUCAAUCAGAGAAAGGUCCAGAUUCUAGUGAACCAUUCAAUUUCAAAGAAGAUUACAGGAAACCGAACAAAUGUGACAGAAAAGAUGCCAACGAUGUUGAUUAAUAAGGGAACAAGUGAGAGAAAAACAAGCAAAUAUUAACAACAUUCAAAACAUUAAAAUUACAUUUAAACAUGGACUC